GUGACGGUUUGAAGUGAUCUUUCUAAGUCUCCUUACACAGACCACGUUCAUAAUGAGAUCGCUGGUGGUGUUAAGUGCAUUAUUUGCGGUAUCUAUUGCUGCCCCAUCGUAUAGUGCGUUGCAUUAUCAAGCAAAGGCUUUAGGAGGCCACGAUGCUAUUACUGCUACCGUUUAUGAGCCCGUAGUUGAAACUCACGCAUUAUAUGCUGCACCUUCUGCUGUAUAUGCAGCUCCGGCAGCUGUUUCUCAUCAGUCUCGAGUAGAUGUACGUACUUCUUCGCCCACGGUGGUUGCCGCCGCACCUGCCGUUAUUGCUGCACGGACUGUUGUAGAACCCGCUGUUGUUGCACCUGUACAGACAGUAGUUGCAGCUCCUGCAGCAGUAUCUCACCAAUCUCGUGUAGAUGUACGAUCGUCAGCACCAACAGUUGUAGCAGCUGGACCAGCCGUUGUUGCUGCAAAGACUUACGGAUCUGGACAAACAGUUAUUGCUACUCCAACUUUAGUUAAUGUGGUUCCAUCUGCUACUGUGUACUCAGGAGGUUCUGCUGUGUCACAUCAAUCUCGCGUAGAUGUUAAGACAUCACCUGCUGUGAUUACGGAGCAAGUAGUUGAACCUACAUAUGUUGCUUCACCAGUUGUCGAAGUUGCUCCAGCUGUUGUUGAUGCCCGAUCUGUAUACGUGUCUCCUUCUAACGCAGUUUAUUCUGCCGGCUCAGCUGUUUCUCAUCAAUCUCGAGUGGAUGUCAAAUCUUCACCAGCUGUAGUUGCAGAAAAAAUAGUUUAUGGUCCGUCGGUAUACGCUACGACUUGGUAAUGAACAAAACAAAUAAUAACGAUCCUUUAGAAAUAUUUUCUAUUGUAAAAUGUUCGUAUUUUUUUUUUGAAAGAAAUAAAAUAAAUAAUAUUUAAAACAAA